GAACUGGACAACCAGCCAAUGUUUGGAGUCAAUGGCCAGGGGGAAUUUUAACAUUAUUCUAGAGCAUUACAAUAUGACUGGACGCCUAAGUGGCCGACCAAAGACAGGAGUUGUCUUGACCAUACUCUUCAUCUUCAUCAGCUUUUUCAUUAUUUUGGAAAAUUUUGUGGUGCUGCUGGCCCUGCUCAGGUUUCUGCGCCUAAGACGAUGGGUUCACUGCUGUUUAGCAAACAUUGCAUUCAGUGAUCUUCUGGCUGGCAUUUCAUACCUGAUUAACAUUUGCCUCUCAGGUCCCACUACAUUCCUCCUGAGCCCACAACUAUGGUUUCUAAGGGAAGGCCUCCUCUUUACCACUCUAGCUGCCUCCACAUUUAGCUUAUUGGUAACUGCUGUGGAGAGGUACAGCACCAUGGUGAUUCCAAUAACAGAGCGCGGCUCUGACAAGCUACUGCGUGUUCAGGCACUGAUUAUCUUAUGCUGGGUAUUGGCUGUUGCAGUUGGGUGUUUACCUUUGCUUGGUUGGAACUGCCUAUGCCACAUUGAGAAUUGCUCCAGUCUUCUUCCUCUUUACUCUAGGAACUAUAUUGUAUUUAGUCUUGGACUCUUAGGUGUUACCCUGCUUGGUAUAAUUGGCCUUUACUGCACAAUUUACUACUUUGUGUGUACAAGUGCCAAAAGUGUUGCAGUCACCAGCCAGAGCCGACGCUCCUUCCACUUGCUCCAAACCGUUCUCAUCAUCUUGGGCUGUUUUGUCAUCUGCUGGACCCCACUUUUUCUCUUCCUUUUGGUGGAUUCUGCAUGUUCUCCUCCUUCCUGCAAAUCUCCCUUGGGACUUGAGUGGGUUUUGGCUUUAGCAGUUAUGAACUCAGCUUUUAACCCACUUAUUUAUUCUCUGAGGAGCUCAGAGGUCCGUAAAGCAAUACUGGCACUCCUAUGCUGUGCCUGCACAUGGGCAGGGGUGAUACCACCUGCAUGCUGCCAGCAAGUCACAGAAAUCACUUCAGGUUCCUCAAAUGAGAGCUCAGUUAAACGAAGAAGCAGUGUACGCCUUUCCCGAAACUUUAGCUUUAGAAGUCCUGUCACCAGUGUUUCCAGUGUGCCCAGUCAGUGA